GCAGACAGUGCGUGCGCUCUUACAUUGUGCGCGCAGGGAUCCCAAGGGGGCACCCACACCCAAUGCUGCACCGGGACUACCCUCAGAAAGCGGUGGGGCUCCUCGGAACCGUAUGCAGUGACAGUUCUUCACACUGACAACUGGCUGAGCUGAGCGCUGAAAAGUCUAGAAAAAUGUCAGUAACCAAUGCGCAAGCGCAUGGCUGAACUAGUUGCCCACCUCUCAUUCGAGGCACUCUCGCCAUAGAUGGACUAGGAGUGAGAGCCUGGGAGGCAAUACUGUAUGAAUGCGUGAAAAGUUUACAUCUCUUGCACGUCUCUUUAAUGACGUAGCCUAUCCUUAAUGAGCACCAGAGACUGUGACUAACAUGCUCUAUUCGAUUUUAGUCUCAUGGUCUCGUUUCCAAAAUUUGAGUCUACUGUAGAACGGUUUUGAGAAGUUAACUUCAUGACACAUUAGAAGAGGAUAAAAACAAAUUGCUGGUCUGGUGGACUGGACAGAGGGACAGGGGGAGAAUCCGUGAGAAUACUCUGGUGGACUGGACAGAGGGACAGGGGGAGAAUCCGUGAGAAUACUCUGGUGGACUGGACAGAGGGACAGGGGGAGAAUCCGUGAGAAUACUCUGGUGGACUGGACAGAGGGACAGGGGGAGAAUCCGUGAGAAUACUCUGGUGGACUGGACAGAGGGACAGGGGGAGAAUCCGUGAGAAUACUCUGGUGGACUGGACAGAGGGACAGGGGGAGAAUCCGUGAGAAUACUCUGGUGAACUGGACAGAGGGACAGGGGGAGAAUCCGUGAGAAUACUCUGGUGGACUGGACAGAGGGACAGGGGGAGAAUCCGUGAGAAUACUCUGGUGGACUGGACAGAGGGACAGGGGGAGAAUCCGUGAGAAUACUCUGGUGGACUGGACAGAGGGACAGGGGGAGAAUCCGUGAGAAUACUCGCAUGGCACGUAUGGAUUACAUGUAAGGCCAGUGUUGGUUUCGCUGCAUCUCUGGGGGAAAGUCAUCCGAGAAGCGUAUUUUCAGGAGACCAUGGACAGCCUCGCUUCCAUGCCAGAGGGAUUCCGUUCAGCCUGGAUUGAUGUUGGAUUUACCCGGGGCUCCGAGAGCUCACAGCCGUGAAAUUGAGAGUGAAAGACGCGCUAUGAAAUAAUAGGCUAUUUGUAAGAUUGGUGCCAAAUGUAGGCUAUUUAUGUUCUGGAUAUUUGAUCAUGUUUUAUUUUCUCAACAAGCGUUACUAAACGCUACUUGGAAUCUUGUGAUCAACUUCAAACAGUGGACACUUUUAAAAGGAGCGCUUUGGUGACAAAUUUGUGGAUCUAUUGAAUUAGGCUGUAGGAUUACCCACGGAAUUCCACUCUCAAAUGAUAGUUUCAAAGUCGUUUGUUUUGUUUCCAUUUUGUCGCCUCGCUCUUUCGUUUCAUUCAUUCGCCGUAUCACUUUGUUAACCAGGUUAAAGCCUGAGAGUAAGAGAAAGAAAGCCUCUGUCUCAUAGCGCGCCCAGUGUGCACACGGGCACCAUGGUCGGGAUGUGGGGUGGCGGAGGUCUCCCAAUGUCUGUCACCGUGGUUGUGACUCUGCUCCUGGCUAUUAUUGACGUGAAGGCGAGUGGGGAGUACUGUCACGGUUGGCAUGACACCCAGGGCACAUGGAGAGAGGGCUUCCAGUGCCCGGAGAAGUUCGAUGGUGAGGAUGCCAUCAUCUGCUGCGGGAAAUGCGAGCUGCGGUACUGCUGCUCCAGGAAUGAAGCACGGCUGGACCAGGGGACUUGUGACAACGACAAGCAAGCCCAGCAACCGGGCACCGACAGCAAAGAGAACAAGGAGACGGGCGCAGUACCCAUCUACGUUCCCUUCCUGAUCGUGGGCUCUGUGUUCGUGGCUUUCGUCCUGGUGGGUUCCGUGGUUGCCGUUUGCUGUUGCAACUGUCUCCGCCCCAAACAGGAACUGUCAUCAGGGGGCGGGGGAGGAGGCGGGUCUGGUGGCGGCCGUCUCCUGGAGACUAUUCCCAUGAUGGCUAGCGUGGGAACGUCUCGCGGUUCCUCUUCCCGCCAAUCAAGCACGGCCACCUCGUCCAGUUCCUCUGCCCCUCCUGCCCAGGUGCCUCGCCCGGCCCCCCAGCCCAUGAUGCGUGCCCAGGCCUCCUGCUGUCUCCCUCCAGAUGCCAGUGUCUUCGUCAACAUGCCGACCAACUUCUCCGUGCUCAACUGCCAGCAGGCCACCCAGAUCAUGCCCCACCAGGGACAGUUCAUCCACCCCCAGUACAUCGGCUAUGCCACCCACCACAUGUCUCCACCCCAGGGGGUCUACCUGGACCCCACCCAGGGGGGCUACAGACAGCUGCAGUCCCCCUAUCCCCCACCCACCAGUGUGGCCAGUGUCACCAGCGAGCAGAAGUACCCUCCAGUAACAGUUUAAGCCAUUUUGGGGACUGUGUGUAACAGACCUUAUGGGGACUGUUUGAGAAACCUUAUGGGGACUGUGUGAGAAACCUUAUGGGGACUGCAUUAGAAACCUUAUGGGGACAUUGGGAGUUCGCCAGCUUGGAGAGAGAAUGAUAUGGACUCAGGCUCACACAGAGGACUCGUAAAACCGAAGCUGGGAUCUGUGCCUGACCAGCCACAGUGUGUUGCGUGUGUCUGUCCUACAUGUGUGUGAUAUGUAAAGGUUUGGCAGAUUUGCCUCAGGGUAAAGAUUGUGAGUGAGCUGACCUCACCCCAAGAUUGAGGCAGGGGUAUGUCUGUCUGGUUGUCCUCAUUCAGCAACACACAGAGGGGUGAUGCUGCCCACCAGGGGCAAUGACUCGCAGCAGAGUGUGUAGGUUUAACGUCUUGAAGUUUGUCAGUGUAGCGUUUGUUGUAUGUGUUUGUAAAUGAGUGAAUGUGUGUAUGUACAGUACGAGUGAGGGUGCUGUGUCCAGUGUGGCUAUGUGUGUAUGUGACUAUAUGUACAGAAUGUGCUGUGUGUGUAUUACUGUCAGUGUAUGUGGUGGUGAGUGGGUGUAUGUUAACGGAGGUACUAUGUGUGUGUGAAUAUGAGUGUAUAGUAUGUGUGUAUAUGAGUGUAUAGUAUGUGUGUAAAUGAGUGUAUAGUAUGUGUGUAUGUGUGUGAGGACGUGUGUAUAUGAGUGUGUAGUAUGUGUGUAUAUGAGCGUGUAGUAUGUGUGUAUAUGAGCGUGUAGUAUGUGUGUAUGUGUGUGAGGACGUGUGUAUAUGAGUGUGUAGUAUGUGUGUAUAUGAGCGUGUAGUAUGUGUGUAUAUGAGCGUGUAGUAUGUGUGUAUGUGUGUGAGGACGUGUGUAUAUGAGUGUGUAGUAUGUGUGUAUGUGUGUGAGGACGUGUGUAUAUGAGUGUGUAGUAUGUGUGUAUAUGAGCGUGUAGUAUGUGUGUAUAUGAGCGUGUAGUAUGUGUGUAUGUGUGUGAGGACGUGUGUAUAUGAGUGUUUAGUAUGUAAUGGGAAAUGCAGGCGGUGUGAUGUGAAAAACAGUCCCUCUCUCCCUGUAGGCCUGUUGAUGUCUAAUGAAGUGAACACAGGACACAGACUGUGACGCUUCAGCCUUACCCCCCCCCACACACACACACACACCUACCCACUGCCUUGAGCGGAAACGCACACACUCUUGCAUAUACACAAGAGAACCUACAAAAUUAAAAUACACAAACACUCACGCAAGGACUUGGAAAUAAAUGUGCCUGAAAGGAGGUGUGUGUGUAUAUGUAUGUGUGUGUGUGCGUAUGUAUGUGUGUGUGUAGCUGUGAUCGGCAACCUUCUGAAGAUUGCAGAAAUAAUAACGCAGUAAAAGCUGUCUGCCAACUGUUCCACCUCACUGAGUUUCCCUCCUGUGAAAGAGGUGUGUGUGCUGGUGUGUGUGUGUGUGUGUGUGUGUGUGUGUGUGUGUGUGUGUGUGUGUGUGUGUGUGUGUGGUGUGUGUGUGUGUGUGUUGGUGUGUGUGUGUUGGUGUGUGUGUGUGCUGGUGUGUGUGUGUGUGUUGGUGUGUGUGUGUGUGUGUGUGUGUGUGUGUGUGUGUGUGUGUGUGUGUUGGUGUGUGUGUGUGUGUGUGUGUGUGUGUGUGUGUGUGUGUGUGUGUGUGUGUGUGUGUGUGUGUGUGUGUGUGUGUGUGUGUGUGUGGUGUGUGUGUGUGCUGGUGUGUGUGUGUGCUGGUGUGUGUGUGUGUGUGUGCUGGUGUGUGCGUUUACUGAAGGUAGACUGGAGUUGUGCUGGAAGGUUUCAGGGCAUUUCCAACAGUUCUUUUCACUUCAGGAGGGUAGAAAAUUAACAGCAAAAAAAUGGACAAGACCCACUGGGCACACCACAUCAUUUCAGGGCGGCAGGGUAGCCUAGUGGUUAGAGUGUUGGACUAGGAACCCAAAGGUUGCAAGUUCAAAUCCCCGAGCUGACAAGGUACAAAUCUGUUGUUCUGCCCCAGUAACCCUCUGUUCCUAGGCCGUCAUUGAAAAUAAGCAUUUAUUCUUAACUAACUUGCCUGGUUAAAUAAAUAUAUAUAUUUUUUAAUCUACGUGGGUUGUUGGGUAAUAUUUGGUCGAGACGACCCGUUCGGCCUCUAUUCACUCAAAAAGACAGCCACGGUUAGUUGAAUUUCCAACGUGUUAUCACUAUGCUUUCAACCAUCUACAACCAAAUUCUAAUGGAAAGACAAUGUCUGAUUUUUGGUUUAGUUGUCCACCAAAUGUCUAUCACUGUGCCAACCAUUUAAAAGCACAGCAAAGUUCAAAUGGGAACACAAUGUCAGAUAUUUAGUUUAUUUAUACAACAGAUUAUUGUGACAUCAGUGUGUUUCAUCUAUUAGCCGAACCAAAUGACCUGGAUUGCAGUUGAGAUGACAUUCAAAGUACGUGGAGCAAGUGAUCAAUGCCGUUCGAGAUUCUGCACAGAUUAUUAAAGCGAUUGUGAAGAUCUCCACAGACCUAUGAUGACCGAUGCAUGCUAUCUUAAACAUGCAUACUUUAUCUAAUUACAUCAUGUAUAGUCACAGUAACCUAAAAAUGUGGCCGUGGAUGUGUUACUCAGUUUAAGGUUGAACUUUACAUUUGUUUGUAAGAUAAGGAUAUUUACUCUAAGUUAAGGCUAUUACAAAAGUAAUAUUGAAUUGUUUGGUUGACAAUGCAACCAAAUAUCAACAUUUUAAAGGAAAUAUAUCUACUGUUUGGAUAGUUCCAUUCUUUAACUUUUAUUUUUGGUUGAGUUGGCGACGUGAAUACAACAUAUAAUUUGUUAACUUGUCGACAAAUAAAUAUGUUAUUUAUGUUAUUUCAAAAGUGAUAUUGAAUUGUAUUUGGAUGUCAACACAACCAAAUAUCUUGCCUGAUGACUCACAUUGAAUUAUUCCACUGCUCUAUCAAUUGCCACAUACUUAAUUGCGGAAAUGAACUAAACAUUUGUGGCGUUUGGCCGGAGCAAAGAGCCUGGGUAAGUCAGCCAACCAAAUAUCAACAUUUGAAGGAGAUUUAUCUUCUGCUUGGAUAGUUCCAUCUGUGUUACUAAUUUAGUCUGGCUUUAAUUACAGUUCGUCUACAAAUUAAGUUUGUCUCCAUCUCAACCAAAAAUCUAAGUUAAAGAAUAGUACGAAAUCAAAUCAAACUUUAAAUGCACUUUAAAUAAACUUUGAUUUAGUCCUAUUCUUUAACUUAGAUUUUUGGUUGAAAUGGAGACGGGAAUCCAAUUUAUGGUUGCCUUGACAACUAAACACAAUUCAAUAUCACUAAAUAUCAUUUCAUUUUUAUCAACUAGAGCUUGAAACUAGAGGUCUUUAUCGGCUCCAAAAAGUUGGACCUGGAACCCGAACGGACCCGAAAACAAUCAGACCCGAACACGAAUGGACACGACAACAACCGGUCCGGGUCUAGACCAGACUCGAUUGGAGCCGAGUUACAAAAAAAUGUAUGUUUGCUAGCCAAGUUGCUCAUUUGCUCCGUUAAACCUACACUUUGGAAUGACUUCGAUAGCAGCAUUGAAUUGAUCUAGUUUCCCUCAACCGUCAUUCUCAUAAUAGUACAUAGGUAAGAGUCAGUGACAUCAUAGCUUAGCUGGGCUUGGUUAAAACCCUGGAUGGGAGACUAAAGGGUAGCUGUAGAUAGAUUAGUUCUCCAGUAAGAGGUGCUGCCCAGCCGAUUAUUUUUUUAAAUUCUGAGUAGAUAUAACGUUGAAGAUUUGACGGUGUUUUAACGGCACAAAUUCAACACAUUUUACACAAGGUUUGUCUAUGUUGGAAUUUGGUUAACAUGAUGACAUAAUUCUGUGGUUGAAAUUUUACCCUCGAAACAAGUUGAUGACAAAAAAAAUCCUAUAUAUUUUCCAUGUCAUAAUACAUUGACAAGUUAUGUUGAAACAACGUUGAUUCAAUCAGUUUGUGCCCAGUGGGAACACUUUUCACUAUGUUGGGUAGCUGGUCUUAAAGGUGGCUUUUGGACUCACUUCCUGUUAUAGAACUGUCUCUGUAUUAAGACUGUACACAACUGACCCCAAGUUCCAGUUGAUGAAACUGCAGAAAUGCAUAGGUGUCCCAAAGUGAACUAACCUGGCUGUGUGUUUUGUGUAUUUCAAGCACAAUGUCUGUAUGAUCAACUGUGUGUGUGUGUGUGUGUGUGUGUGUGUGUGUGUGUGUGUGUGUGUGUGUGUGUGUGUGUGUGUAUCCUGAGGUUGAAUGUGUACCUGCUCCCUGUGAAACAGUGUCCUUUUUCAUAUGAAUUUUAAUAAAUCAAUAUUAAACAGUG